AAAUUGUUAUUUGUUAUUUAGAAUAAAAACACUUUUAACAUAAGUAAAACAAGAAGAGUAAAAAUGAAGCAUUGGCAAUUAGUAUUUUUUUUGAUGACAACUUCUUGUUUGAAAUUUAAUGAAGGAAUUGUAAAUAGAACUUUGGAGAACACAAACAUAUGUUCAUUUGAAAAGGGUACGACUAGUAAAGCUGCUAAAAUUGGUGACAUAGAAACAUUAAAACGAGUUUACGAGAGUGGAUGUGAAUGGGAUGAUAAUACAACAAAGGAAGCUGCUGCUAAUGGACAUUUGGAAUGCUUAUCAUAUGCUCAUGAAAAUGGUUGUAAAUGGGAUAGAAAAACCACAAAGGAUGCUGCUGCUAAUGGACAUUUAAAAUGUUUAAAAUAUGCUCACGAAAAGGGCUGUAAAUGGGACGUAAAUACAACAAGGGAAGCUGCUGCAAAUGGACAUUUAGAAUGUUUAAAAUAUGCCCAUGAAAAUGGCUGUAGAUGGGACGUAAAAACAACAAAGGAAGCUGCUGCAAAUGGACAUUUGGAUUGCUUAAAAUACGCCCAUGAAAAUGGCUGUAGAUGGGACGUAAAAACAACAAGGGAAGCUGCUGCAAAUGGACAUUUAGAAUGUUUAAAAUACGCCCAUGAAAAUGGCUGUAGAUGGGACGUAAAAACAACAAGGGAAGCUGCUGCAAAUGGACAUUUGGAUUGCUUAAAAUACGCCCAUGAAAAUGGAUGUCCAUGGGAUGCGAGCACAUCAGAAGCGACUGCAAAGCAUGGUAAUUUAGAAAAUUUAAAAUACGUUUAUGAAAAGGGAUGUACAUGGGAUCAAAAAACCACAAAGGCCGCUGCUGCUAAUGGACAUUUAAAUUGCUUAAAAUAUGCUCGCGAAAAUGGCUGUAAAUGGGAUCAAAAAACCACAAAAGCUGCUGCUGCUAAUGGACACUUAAAAUGUUUAAAGUACGCUCAUGAAAAUGGCUGUAAAUGGGAUAAAAAAACCACAAAGGCUGCUGCUGCUAAUGGACACUUAAAAUGUUUAAAAUAUGCUCAUGAAAAUGAUUGCGAAUGGGAUGAGGAAACAACUAGUGUUGCUGCAGAAGGUGGACAUAUGGACUGCUUAAAAUAUGCUCAUAAAAAUGGAUGUCCAUGGGAUGCGAGCACAUCAAAAUCGGCUGCAAAACAUGGUAAUUUAGAAAACUUAAAAUAUGUUCAUGAAAGCGGAUGUAAAUGGGAUCAUAUGACCACGAUGUCUGCUGCUAGCAAUGGACAUUUAGAUUGUUUAAAAUAUGCAUAUGAAAAUGGUUGUGAAUGGGCUGAAGAAACAACAAGAUUUGCAGCAGAAGGCGGAUAUUUAGACUGCUUAAAGUACGCGCAUGAAAAUAACUGUAAAUGGGACCCAUCAACAACAGCAGCAGCUGCACGGAAAGGCAGUUUGGAAUGUUUAAAAUACGCCCAUGAAAAUGGAUGUAAUUGGGCUGAAAGUACAACAUUUAUGGCUAGUGUAUUUGGCAAUUUAGAUUGCUUAAUAUACGCCCACGUAAAUGCAUGUCCAUGGGAUAAAAACAUAAUGGAAGCGGUUGCUUAUAAAGGUAAUCUAGAAUUAUUAAAAUACGCUUAUGAAAACGGAUGUAAAUGGGAUAAAAACACAACAAGAUUUAUUGCCCUCACUGGGAAUGUAGAAUGUUUAAUAUACGCCCAUGAAAACAGUUGCGAAUGGUAUGUAGGAACAUUGGUUAUAGCUGCCACUCACGGUAAUUUUGAUUGCUUAAAAUAUGCCUAUGAACACGGAUGCGAUUGGGUUGAAGGUGUGAUUAGAGGUGCCGCUUCGAAUGGGCAUAUAGACUGUCUAAAAUAUGCGUAUAAUAACGGUUGCGAAUGGGAUGAAGGUACGACAAGGGAAGCCGCUGCGAGCGGUUGUAUUGAAUGUUUGAUAUUUGCUCAUGAAAACGAAUGCGAAUGGGCUGAAGGAACGUCUAGAGUAGCCGCAAUAGGCGGUCAUUUGGAUUGCUUAAUAUAUGCUCAUAAAAAUGGAUGCCAAUGGGACGAAAGUGUAACAGAAAAAGCUGCGGAAUACGGUAAUUUAGACUGUUUAAAAUACGCCCGUGAAAACGGAUGUCCUUGGGAUGCACGGGUAACAGAAAAAGCUGCAAAACAUGGUCAUUUAAAAUGCUUAAAAUAUGCGCAUGAAAAUGGAUGCGAAUGGCAUGAAAAAAUAACAGAAGUAGCCGCUUCUCAAGGUGAUUUAAACAUUUUAAAAUUUGUCCACGAAAUUGGUAUUCCAUGGGAUGUUAAAACAAUUAGAGUUGCAGCUAUAAAAGGUUAUUUAGAAAUAUUAAAAUAUGCCAGUGAAAAUGGAUAUAAAUGGGACAAAAAAACGACAAUAUCAUUUGCUGCUAACGGUCAUUUACAAUGUUUAAAAUAUGCCCAUGAAAAUGGCUGCGAAUGGGACGAAGAAACAAUAGUUGCGGCAGCCUUGCACGGUAAUUUAGAUUGCCUAAAAUAUGCCUAUGAACACGGAUGCGAUUGGGUAGAAAGUACGACGAGAGGGGCCGCUUCUAAUAGACAUUUAGACUGCCUUAAAUAUGCUCUUAAUAAUGGUUGCAAAUGGGAUGAAGGCACCACGAGGGAAGCCGCCGCGAGCGGUUGUAUUGAAUGUUUGAUAUUUGUUCAUGAAAACGGUUGUGAAUGGGACGAAGGUACAAUAGCUUCAGCUGCCGCUCAUGGUAAUUUAGAUUGUUUAAAAUAUGCUCACGAAAAUGGAUGUAAAUGGGAUGAAAGCACAACUAGACUGGCCGCUCAUAAUAGUCAAUUUCAUUGUUUAAAAUAUGCUCAUGAAAAUAAUUGCCCAUGGAGUAGAAAUACCGUUUAUGAAGCUAUGCAAAACGGUCGUACUGAUAUAAUUAACUUUGCUAUCGAAAAUGGCUGUCCUAAUUAGUAUUCAAUUUUCAAUAAUAUAUUAUUAUUUUAUAUUCGUUUAUGUUGGUAUUUUUAAUUAUAUUUUAAAUAAAUCGUCCUUAUAAUUAAUUUUUUUAUGUCUAA